AUGCACCAGGAGGGGGGCCCGCGAACGACCCUAGACGCCACGGUGCGGGAUGACAAUCCGUAUAGCCGACUCAUGGCGCUGCAGCGAAUGGGCGUGGUAGACAACUAUGAGGCCAUCCGCCAAAAGUCUGUGGCGAUUGUGGGCGCAGGCGGGGUGGGGAGUGUCGUGGCGGAGAUGCUGACGCGCUGCGGCAUCACAAAGAUUUUGCUCUUUGACUACGACAAGGUGGAGCUCGCCAACAUGAACCGCCUCUUUUACCGCCCCGAGCAGCAGGGCAUGACGAAGGUGGAGGCGGCGAAGCAGACGCUGGAGAGCAUCAACCCGGACACGGAGAUUGUCCCCUACGCCUUUAGCAUUACCGCCACCGAGCACUGGCAGGAGUUCGUGGACGCCCUCACGAAGCACGGCGGGGUGCAGCCAAACUCGCCUGUAGACCUGCUCCUCUGCUGCGUGGACAACUUUCAGGCCCGCCUCACGGUCAACUACGCCUGCCUGCUUCACCGCCUUCCCUGGAUGGAGAGCGGCGUCGCGGAGAACGCCGUGAGCGGCCACAUCCAGCUCCUGCUCCCGGGCGUGACCCCCUGCUACGAGUGCUGCCCCCCGCUGGUGGUGGCGACAGGAAUGCCGGAGGCGAAGCGCGAGGGCGUCUGUGCGGCCUCGCUCCCCACCACCAUGGGCAUCGUGGCGGGAUUCAUGGCGCAGAACACGCUCAAGUAUUUGCUGAACUUCGGCACGGUGAGCGAGUACGUCGGCUACGACGCGAUGCGGGACCACUUCCCCUGCGUCGCCAUUAAGGCAAACCCCGAGUGCCGCAACGAGACCUGCGUGAGACGGCAGCAGGAAUACGCUGCGCGGCGUGCCACGAUGGGCGACGCGGCCCACCCGCUGUAUCAAGGGAGAAAACAAAGGGAGGAGCGGGCGGCGAAGGAGCGGGCGGCGGCGAAGGCGAAGGCGGCGGCGUCUGCGGCUGAGUGGGGAAUCGUGGUGGAGGCGCAGGGGAAGGAGGACUUGGUGCUGCACGCGCCGCAGCCGGGCGGCGCAGACGACGUCGGUGUGGAGUACGCGUACAGCGACGGCGCCGGGAACGCGGCGAAGCACGCGGAGGAGGAGUUUGUGUCGACGGACGGCGGGGAGUCCCUUGAGGCGUUGAUGGCAAAAAUGAAGGCUCUGCAGCACUAA